AGUGGGGAGCUGUUUUGCUGAUCGAGGAUGCUGAUUAAACUCAGACACCAGAGUGAAAAGAUCUCCCACAGUCAAAUCACCCGCUUGUACAGUCGCUUCACCAGCCUAGACAAAGGAGAAAAUGGCACUCUUAGCCGUGAAGACUUCCAGCGGAUUCCAGAGCUUGCCAUCAAUCCACUGGGAGACAGAAUUAUCAAUGCCUUCUUUCCAGAGGGAGAGGACCAGGUGAAUUUCCGUGGAUUCAUGAGGACACUAGCCCACUUCCGACCCAUAGAAGAUAAUGAAAAGAGCAAAGACCAGAAUGGACCAGAACCACUCAACAGCAGAAGUAACAAGCUCCAUUUUGCUUUUCGGUUAUAUGAUCUAGAUAAAGAUGACAAGAUUUCCAGGGAUGAGCUUCUUCAGGUAUUACGGAUGAUGGUUGGUGUCAACAUUUCAGAUGAGCAGCUGGGCAGCAUUGCUGACAGGACAAUCCAGGAAGCUGAUCAAGAUGGAGAUAGUGCCAUCUCCUUUGCAGAGUUUGUGAAGGUUUUGGAGAAAGUGGAUGUAGAGCAGAAAAUGAGCAUUCGAUUUCUUCACUGAUGGAUGGAGAACCUAUUCCUUUCUACCCCUACUAUAUAAUGAAUAGAACUUCAUUUUCUCCUUAGCACCUUCCCCCAGAGCAUUGCUGCUGGUGCAUAUACAUCUCCAACCUCUCCCUGAUUUAUUCUACCAAUGUGAACAUUCCCUGUGCAUCAGGAACAAAGGGAAAUGGCUGCCAUGCAACUUGGAAAGGAGCAUUUUAAAUUUUUUUUAAAUCUUUCCCCUCAGUUGUUUUUUGUUUUUUUGGUUUUUUUACCCUAUCCCUUGUCUCCUUCCUGCACUGCUGUUUCAGCAAAAAUGUCUCUCCUUAUAUACUGCCGUUUAAUCUACAAACUGAUUCUUCUGAGCUCUGAAUCUGAGGAUGGAAAAACUGGAACAUGCCACAGAAGCGCCCUCUGAAAACACUUUGGAGACAAGCACCUACUCAAAUACUAGGUGCGGUGAUAAUGAUUCACUUCUGCUUCCAGUAGCAACAUCACAUUACAGCUGCUUUCCCCCCCCCCCUUUCCCAUUUGGCUCUUUACAUGCAGAUUUGUUUCACUGCUGCUUCCAAAUCUGCCUUUUACUUGAGGACUUCUCAAUUUCUAUGGCUUCAUUGUACAACUAGCACUGAAUGCAUGAUGAUAGCCUAGAGUACUUUGAAGUACUGUGAAUAGAUUUUAUUCUUUUGGGAUGAAUUCACAGGGACAAUAGGAGAAUCUGUGGUGGAGACAGGCUGUGGUGUCCUCAAAAGGAAUAGGAAUUCUGCACUAAGUCACUUAAAUUGUUCCACUAACAGAUGCAGAAACUUUCCUUUGACUAGUUUGCAGGCUUGACAGCUAGUGGACCAUGAAGUGCCCUCUCCAGCUUGCUUUGCUCUAGGAUCCCUCCUCUCAUCAGGGUGGUUUUGCCUCUGAAAGUAUAAACUUCUUUACGAGUGUACAUAAUGCAAGGAAACUAAUCAUGCCAAAAAUCUGAACUUAUAGUUCUGUUACUGCCCCCUGGUAAUAGUGUCAUAACACUAAGUACUG